AUGACUCUGCCUGACGGCUGCCGACUGACCCUCGAGGCAGCCGACCAGCUGGCCUGCUCCGAGGCUCUGUUCAACCCCAGGGCGCAUGGCUUUGAGAAGCAGGGCCUGCACGAGCUGGUGCUGCAGACGGUGGGCAAGAUCGAGGCCGAGCAUAAGAAGGAGCUGCUGGGGAACAUGGUGCUGAGCGGGGGCAGUUCGGCCAUCCCGCGACUGGGGGCUCGGCUGGAGUCAGAGAUCGAGUCGAUCAGCCAGAGCCUCAGCAACGUGAAGAAGGUGGUCUUCGAGCACUCGCAGCGGCAGUACCUGAGCUGGGUGGGCGGCUCCCUGCUCUGCUCGCUACAGUCCUUCCAGACCAUGUGGAUCACCCGCCCCGAGUUCGAGGAGCACGGCCCCUCGAUCGUCCUCAAAAAGUGCUACUGA